CAAAGAACGUCAGAGCGCCGCCAGACCUCACAAACAUUUUGCAAGGGCCAUCUGGAGACAUCGACUUGGGAAUCUGAAGGCCUGAAAUCUCCAGGUACAGGUUUAAAGAACUGGCAUGCGGGAAAGGAGCUGCUGACGCGAUGGUGCUGCUUAUUAAUCAUUCAUCAGUCCAGAGCCUUUCCACUUAAUGGAUGUGCCGCGCUGGGCUCUAGCCUCUUGGCCUCUGAGGACCCUACUCUCCAGCGUGCCCAGGACGCCCAGAGCUGCAAGAGACAGCGCUCAAGCAAGCUGCCGCUGGGCGAUGCUCCUGGCGGCCUCAGUCGGAGCCCCGCUCGCCACAGCUGCUGCGCUCUGCCGGGUGGCGCCAGGCGGCGGUGAGCUGUGAGCUUGGAGCCUUGAGCCUAGGGAGGGCGCAGACAGCAAGGGCGCAAGGUGAGCGCCCCAGCCGGCAGCCGCACCGGCCCACUUCAGCUGGGAUGUUCCCCAAUGGCACCGCCUCCUCUCCCUCCUCUUCUCCAAGCCCCAGCCCAGGCAGCUGCGGGGAAGGAGCCUGCAGCAGGGGUCCGGGAUCCGGCGCUGCGGACGGCAUGGAUGAGCCUGGACGAAAUGCUUCCCAGAAUGGGACCUUAAGCGAGGGCCAGGGUAGCGCCAUUCUCAUCUCUUUCAUCUACUCCGUGGUAUGCUUGGUGGGACUGUGUGGGAACUCUAUGGUCAUCUAUGUGAUCCUGCGCUACGCCAAGAUGAAGACCGCUACCAACAUCUACAUUCUAAACCUGGCCAUUGCUGAUGAGCUGCUCAUGCUCAGCGUGCCCUUUCUGGUCACUUCCACGCUGUUGCGCCACUGGCCGUUCGGCGCGCUACUUUGCCGCCUGGUGCUCAGCGUGGAUGCGGUCAACAUGUUCACCAGCAUCUACUGUCUGACUGUGCUUAGUGUGGACCGCUAUGUGGCUGUGGUGCACCCGAUCAAGGCAGCGCGCUACCGUCGGCCCACUGUGGCUAAAGUAGUGAACCUGGGCGUGUGGGUCCUGUCAUUACUGGUUAUCUUGCCCAUCGUGGUCUUCUCACGCACCGCAGCCAACAGCGAUGGCACGGUAGCCUGCAACAUGCUCAUGCCCGAGCCCGCCCAGCGCUGGUUGGUGGGCUUCGUCUUAUACACAUUUCUCAUGGGCUUCCUGCUGCCUGUUGGGGCCAUCUGCCUAUGUUAUGUGCUCAUCAUUGCCAAGAUGCGCAUGGUGGCCCUCAAGGCCGGCUGGCAGCAGCGCAAGCGCUCAGAGCGCAAGAUCACUCUAAUGGUGAUGAUGGUGGUGAUGGUUUUUGUCAUCUGCUGGAUGCCUUUCUACGUGGUACAGCUGGUCAACGUGUUCGCUGAGCAAGACGACGCCACCGUGAGCCAGUUGUCUGUCAUCCUGGGCUAUGCCAACAGCUGUGCCAACCCCAUCCUCUACGGCUUCCUGUCGGACAACUUCAAGCGCUCUUUCCAGCGCAUCCUGUGCCUCAGCUGGAUGGAUAACGCUGCGGAGGAACCAGUCGACUACUAUGCCACUGCCCUGAAGAGUCGUGCCUACAGCGUGGAGGACUUCCAGCCGGAGAAUCUGGAGUCUGGAGGCGUUUUCCGUAAUGGCACCUGCGCUUCUAGGAUCAGCACUCUUUGAGGCCGGGCACUGGCGGGAAAGGGAGAGUGGUCAGAAAGAUGGAGCAGAGAAGCUGGUGGGAGGGAAUGAUAACCGGACACCAGGUGCUGUGGUCGUAGUGCCUGACAGCGAUGCAGCGCGCCUGGUUAGCUGGACCUAGGAAAGCUAUGUGACUAAGGUAAAAGGAGAGAGAUUUACGGAUCAACUGUGAAUGCUUUCAGGGCAUCUGGUAGUCUGAGCAACUCUGUUCUCCAAUCCGGUAACUUGCAUCCUCCCUCCCAGUUCUGCUAGUACAAACUGCAAACUUAAUGUCGCCAACUCAAUUUGACCCUUACCCUCUCAAGCUGAUAUUUCUGCUUCUUUAAGCUGAGCCACGGUUACCAUCAUGUGUUUCCUUUGGGCUGAGUCCCCCCGCACCCGGCCCCUUGCUCUGAACCCUGUUCGCUGCGCAGGUCAGCGGGCCAGACUCUUUUCAGAGUGGCUACAAAACUGUCUCUAAUCACCGCUCUCCUUUCGCACAGUCUUACUGUCAAGGAAGCCCAGCUCGAGGAUGGGCAGGCAACUUGUUUUUUUCUACUCUCAGAGAAGGCACAUUUUCCCUUGGGCCCUUUCUCUGCCCCACUCCAUCUGGAGCAGAGCUGGGUGCUUAAGAAAAGGUCCUGUGCCCAGAUCUCCAGACUUGGUAUAAUACCACCCACACCCUCCUUUGGAGAAAAAAAAAAAAAGGAGCUAAGAGCGAGCAGAAGGGCAAGUUUGUAAGAUUACUGAGUUGUGUACCAUAGAAGCCACUCUCCCACAGAGCUCAGGACCUGAGCACUAGACUCCAAAGUUCCAGCCAGGGGAGCUCCCGGCUGGUGACUAACUUAGGCACCCUGGUGGGUGAACCUGAAUUGCAAAGCAGUUCCUCUUGGAGUCCUCCCUAGAAUAACAAAAGAAUGGGUUGCCUGCACCCGCGUCAGCCCCGAGUCCAGCUCACGCUCCUGUGACAAAUUGUGGAGCCUUUGCCAAAGCUGGUUGGGCUGCUUUGGCUUGUCUGAUCCCUAAAGUUUUCUGCCUUUCAAGCGGUGCCUAAUAAGUUAUUUCUUGUUCAACAUAUUUAUUUAUUUAUUUGUGGUGUUGAAAA